CACAGCAGAGCAGGGAGCUGCAUCAAUCAACAAGAAGCAACUUCUUCACAGAUCUCAACAUGUGCCGAGAACUGGACUCACUGCCCAGCACCUGCCUGGAGAGGGCGAAGGAGCUGAGGGCGUUGUUUGGAAGCUUCCUGCAGAAAUCCGACCACAGCUUCAGGAAAAGUGACAAACUAAAGUUAAAUGAGGAGAACGAGCCUCUGAGGUGGAAGGAGUCGUUUGAGAAUCUGUUGUCCAGCCAAAACGGCCUGGGCCUGUUCAGGGCUUUCCUGGUGUCCGAGUUCAGCGAGGAGAACCUGGCCUUCUACCUGGCCUGUGAGGACUACAGAGCCACCAAACCRUCCAAGCUGGCCCAGAAAGCGAAGAAGAUCUACGAGGAGUUCGUCGACUCCGACGCYCCKCGGGAGGUGAACCUCGACCACRCCACCAAAGCCGUCACCAAGGAGAACAUGGAGCGGCCCGGUCCGUCCUGCUUCGACGAGUCCCAGGCUAAGAUCUACAUCCUGAUGGAGAAAGACUGCUACCCCCGUUUCCUCAAGUCCUCGGCGUACCUGGAGCUGACCAGAAAGACCAGAACGGGCUAAGAGCCGGGGCGGGUGGACUUUUAUUUAACACAAGUCCUCCUCAGAGGGGCGGGAGGUCCCCCCACAGCAGAGGAGUCAGGAACGGUUCAGACGGAGCAGAAAGUCUGGACCCUGAGAGUUUCCUGAGGAGUCGUGGACUGAUUGAAGCCACACACUGAUCCGGGUCGCAGCUGAAGCCGGGAGCAGAACGUGUCCCGGUGCAGACAUGGGAGACGUGUGGUCGGAACAGAAACCAAACUGAAACAAGACGGGACUGAACCACUGGAAGAUUAUUUAUUCCUUAUUUAUUUAACUUAAAGCUUUAUUUAGUGAAUGUUUGCUGUGCAGCUGAUUAUUGAAAAGAUAUUUAUAUUUUAUAACUUUUUAUGUGGAAGUAAAUGCGUUGAAUAAAAAACAGUUUUAACAGAAGUUGAA